AUGCAAUCGAAUUUCACCUUUUUGGUUUCACAACCAUCAUGUUCGAAGACAACUCCUUCAGGUUACCGAGCUUUCCAAUGUAAAGAUGACAGGAUCCAUCCUUUGAAGGUAAACACCAAAAAUCGGGCUGCUGAUACCAAUAGCAUAAUACAAAAGUUCUGUUAUCUACGACCAAGGAGUAUGCCUAUUGUACCGACAUCAAAAUAUCUGCACAAUCAAGAGCAUUCAGACUUUCUUUUGGUUGCAAGGAAUAAUGGCAUAAUCGAAAUAAUAAAGGACUACAAUUUUAAGGUAACCAAUAACGUUCCUUUACGACCAGAUUUUCUACUAUUUUGCGUACCAAUGACUUCGAGUAUAACUACAAAUGAUACAACCAUUGUUGGUUUAGAGUAUAAAGAUAAGUUUCUAUAUGUAUGUUCUGCGGUUGGUGACAUAUUUGGGUUCAUAUUGAACUUACCAGACGAUUACGUUCAAGACGAAGAAUUUCAAGCAUCACCUUCCUAUAAACGGUAUAGAGAUUCUUUCUCUUGGAGAUCGGACAUAGUACAAUCUUCUGACGCAACAGCUGCAGAACGGAGCUUAAAAGAAAUCACUCGAUUCAGAAAAGAACAUAGUUGUGGCCACAUUUGUUAUUAUUGUUAUCCUAUCAAUGAAGACGGAUUCUUCCAUGAAACGAUAAAACAAUGGUAUCCCGACCCUGUACCGACAUUUUCAAAUUGUUUUGUUACGUUUUUGAGGACAGAUGUUAGCUCAUUUCAUAUCAACCCGAUGGACAGAUUCAGUGUCAUCACCGUGGCACCGCAGACGCCGUUAACAAUUCACAAAAUACUCUUACCUGAGGUGUAUACGACAUUCUUCUCAGAAUUUGUAAAGCUUAAAGAUGAGUACUUCUCCAAAAAGCACAGAAGGGUUUCAGAACCUUCCAGUUUUGAUUUUAUGUCAAGAGCGGUUCAUGGGACAGCUUUUCAAGAAUAUUUGAAGAGAGAUCGUUCAAGCUUUGUCAUGGAACAAGAUGUUAGGGUAUGGAGGGGAAUGCUGGUUUGCGAUAUGGUUUGUGAAUUCAAAUGCUCCUCCGUUUGGAGGCAAAAACAAGGUAAUAUGAAAGAUGGCUUACAUGAAUUGUUCUUUUAUGACAAAAAACAAGAAGCAAAUAAUCGCAAUGAAAGCGAUUCUGUUGCUAGAAAUGAAACUGUAGUCGACUUGGAGCUGGAUUCCCAAUCAUUCUCAUUACUUGGAGUUUCUACCGAGAUAUUAGAUAAUCAUACCCAACACCAAUCUAAUAUAACACAAACUGAACGGUUUCUAAAAUUCUUGCGGAAACAGACGUUCCCUAUAAAUUUCCAAGUGGUAAAGACAGUAAGCCUCGACGGUGAAACAAAUUCGACAGGGUAUGAAGCUGCAACUUCUUUUCUUACAGAUACUUACAGAGAUAUGGAUGUUGUUGUUGUGGACAAAUUUUUAAGUGUAAACGCUUUUCGUCCUAAAUACGUGGACGAGCCUCUGAUGAAGUUAGAUUCAAUACAUGACUAUCUGGAAGUAAAUGAAGAAGACAGAGAUGCUCAUGUAGCUUUAAAUAAUCUCUCCUCAUUCAUCAAGUUUUUCAUGCUUACUGAUUCCCUUUGCAUGAUUUGGGAUAUCAAUGGAAUAUUGUUGGUGGAUAGAUUUCAGCUAAGAAGUACAAGGAAUCUACUACAUAACGAUGUCGGGGCUGUUAAAGUAAUAAACUUCCGUGUAGGAAUAGUGAAUGAUAUUGGGUUAGUUUUAAAUCAGUUCAAACAAGAUGGUUCUGACUAUUAUAUUGAGUUUUAUUCCAUCUUAACAACGUUAACGGGAGAUAUCGCACUACUGAGGGGUGAAUUCAAAGUUGGCCAACGAUUAGGUACUAUGAAGAUAUUAGAUAGUUUGAGAACGCAACAAUCGGAUAACUUUGUUGACCAAAUAUUGAUUACAAACUACUCACUAUCCAAUAAAAGAGACGCUGGAAUGGUAAUUCCUGAGGUUUUUAAAAUGAAUAAAAGAUCCAAAACUUAG